AUGAGUCUCCUAGAGGUUGCAAUCUCCAACCUCGUGCGAUAUCCAGCUCGAACUCGGGAUCAUUUUAGCCAAGCGGUAGAAACGAUAAAGCUUUGCCACGAAAUUCAGUGCACUACUAAUUAUUCCAAUCCAGAACAAGUGGAACAACUCAAGGCAAUAGUUCAAAAAGCUGAAGAAGCGCUUCAGAAUGCGAUUAACUUGACGAAAUCCGCUCCUUUCGACGAGUUUCGCGAUACCGUCAUCGAAACUUGUUCGAACACGAAUAUAAUGCACGAAUUUGACAGAAAGUUGGCGGAAGCAAAGAAACGAGAUGGUCGUAAGAAACGACUUCUCGAAAAAGCUCGGAGCAGAAUUCAGCAGGAAGAUUCUAGCGAGUGGUCUAUAGCCAUCUCUUUCGUAAAUCCAGAGGUGAAAGUUUUCAAUGAUGAUGACGUCGACUCAGAAAGUAAAACGACGGCGAUAGUUAAAUGCCGGAAAAAUGACACCGUAGAUGGCCUGUUAUGGCUCUUCACUCGCCAGCGUUCGUCGAAGUUGCUGAAUAACCCACAUUUAUACAAGCCCGAAGAAUUUACGAGAUUCAAGUAUGCUACAGAUGACGUUGAACCGAUCUCACCAAUAUCACAUCCCCCCCAGCAUCGAUGCCGGCUUCGGUUAUUAUGGAAUCGUGACCCCCCUUUUUACUUCACGGUCGUCCUUCGAGGUCCAUCCUACUCAUCCUAUGGAAACAUAUGGCGCCUCAAUAAAUCGACUGCCUCCCCGUUUGUCUUGAAAGAGCAGAAUAGCGGAAAACUCGUUCUAUCGACGAACCUCACGUCCAACGCUGAACCUUUCAAUGUCCGAAGCCCGGCGGAAGGGGACAUCAUAGAAGUCGAUCAGAAUUUUCCGACCUUCCUUGAGAAAGUAUUGCAGGACCCAACCAAGGCGAGACCAAACUGGAAGUUUGAAUCUGUAUCGGUACCUCCUUCUUUCCCCGUUCCAGUAACCGUUACAAAAGUUGGGCAGCUCGGACAAACCGCAACUUCCUGCACUCCGUCCACCAGCACACCUAUAUAUCCAAUUGCUCAUCAGUCACCUAACCCUACCAUCUUUGUUCCGGCAGUCACACGUCAAGACUCCGAACAAUCCUACCAUACCACACACGAGCACCUCCCAACUCUGGACGUUCAUGAAGAAAGCGUCCCUUUGACCUUUCCUGAACCUUCUCAUGUUAACGAGAGCAUUACCUUCCAGAGCGAACCCGCUCCUUCAUUGUUAUCCAUGCCUGCGACAAGUCAAACUCGCGAGCCACCUUCAGCAUCAAACUCUGGGAGGAGUGGGGUUUCAGUCGGAAUCCUCGAGCAUGGGGUCACGAGGAACGGGCGAGCGCCCAGAACGACCACCCCCACACUUCAGGAUUCUGCCCCGCGUGCUGUACCCGAAUCACAGAAGGGUCAGGGCCAUUCGCGGAGCAAAAACCGCCCUCCAAUCUCGGCUCCCUCGAUUGUGCAUCCUCAGCUAAAUAACAAGGACAUGGGUCUUUCGUCCACAAACGGCACAUCUCUAUCGAACGAUAAAUCACCUCCGUCUGAUGCAUCAAGAAGUUCAACUCUCAAGAAUGUCGCUCCAAAGAAGGGUGGUUUUGGGGCGUGGGUCAAGGGUAUUUUCGGUUUAAAUACUAAGUAG